AUGAAGUUAGACCUCUGCUAUUUCCUUCUCUUCUGCUUUCAAGUUGAAGUCCUAACAGGAGAAAUCAAUGAUUCUGCCAAGUCCGAGAUGUUUACCUUUCACGAUGGAGGCAUACAAAUUUCAUGCAAAUUCAGUGAGAUUGCCUUGCAAUUUAAAAUGAAGUUGCUAAAAGGGACAGAAGUACUCUGUGAUCUCACUAAGACAAAAGAAAGUGGUAACACGGUGUCCAUUAAGAACCUGAAAUUCUGUCAAACUCAGUUAUUCAAUGACAGUGUCUCCUUUUUCCUGUAUAAUUUGGACAAUUCUCAUGCCAGCUAUUACACCUGCGAACUGUCAAUUUUUGAUCCUCCUCCUUUUCAGAAGAAGAAUAUUAGCAGAGAAUAUUUGAAUAUUUAUGAAUCACAGAUUUGCUGCCAGCUGAAGUUCUGGUUACCCAUAGGGUGUUCAGCUUUUGUUGUAGUCUACAUUUUUGGAUGCGUAUUUCUUUGUUGGCUUACAAAAAAGAAGUAUCGAUCCAGUGGGCAUGACCCUAACAGUGAAUACAUGUUUAUGGCAGCAGUGAACACAGCCAAGAAACCUGGCCUCACAGGUGUGACUCAUAAUUUGGAACUUUGUGGCACCCAGGCAUGAACCACGUGGGCCAGGUCCCCUCUGACUUGAAGCGCAAGAUUCCCACGUCCCCUGGACCACAGAGAGUCAGACUUGAUUUGAGUACAUGCAUCUUCUGCUGGUGUUCUGUUCAAUCUGGACUAGUGACUAUCGGUCAACAGGGGUUUUAAAAGGCUGCUUCGGUACUGUUGGGUUAUCAAAAACACCCUCUUGCAAUUAGUUUUACAGAAAGCCCAGCUCGUGUGUGCUCAACAAAUAGACCUCACUGGGAUGGAAUUCCUAUCUUCAUAUCUGCUUCUAGCAAUGCACCAGCCAGGAGAACAAACACAUCUCCAGAUAUUUUUAAAAGAUGCCGUGGGUACCGAAUCUGCAAAGCAAAUGGGCCGCCAACGGCCAGUAUCUCUCUGCACUUCACCUAUAGACUACCUCUUCUUCCUCUAGGGCUGAGCAUUCCUUUUUAGCCACACAGUAGGGGAAGGUGCUUCGAAAUUAUAGCUAUUUUAUUUCUGAGGUAUCAACAUGUAAUUGUACUAUUACAAUAGGUUAGUGCACAGUACUCUUUUCCAACAUCUGAACCCCAGUCCUCUAUUCCCAAGAGUUUAGAUGCCUUCUUCUGCCUUCAGUUUUCCUUUUUAAAAUACUCUACAUGACUACUUGACAGGCAUUCUG